AUGUCAGGAUCUGAACCACUUGAUUUUCUCUCCCUGGUAGGCCUGGCCGAUAACUUCCGCCUCGGGGAUACCAUCCAGGCUCUCGUACCCUGGACGCUCUCCGAGCGCCUUACCGAAGGCGUAUUCUUCGGGCCUAAGGAGCCAGCGCCUGUCUUCGGACUCCUGCGCCCGGUUAUCGUCAGACUUCUCGAAGAUGACAACGAGCGAAAUGCAUCGCUCGGCCGUCCCCCAUCUUGGUACAUCAUCCGCGACAGGGACGCGGUCGUGGCGGUGUCGUUCGAGGAGCACCUCGAUACGCCGGCGAAGCGGAGCGCGGUGAUGAAGGAGCUGUGCGAGCGGUGGCGGGACAAGGGGCGCUUCGCGGACGUGAUUGGCCCGAAGAAGUGGAGGGCGGAGAUGUAUCCCGUCUAUCGUGACCCGUUCGGGGCUCGGAUCGAGAUGGUCGUCGGCGGGAAAGAGGAGGAUCAGCAGGCGAGGGGGUGUCCGAACUACGCGUUCUCGAUGGAACGCAGCGCGUGCGCGUUGUUCGGCGUGGUGACGUACGGCGUGCAUAUGACGGUUUAUGAAGAGGACGGAGAUGGAAAUAGGGUGAAGGUGUGGGUGCCACGGCGAGCGAGGACGAAGCAGACGUGGCCAGGAUACUUGGAUAACACGAUCGCGGGCGGGAUACCCUGCGGAAUGACACCGUUUGAGUCGCUGGUGAAGGAGGCAAUGGAGGAGGGUAACAUCGAAGAGAGCAUUGUUAGGCAGCAUGCGCGAGCUGCUGGAAGUAUCAGCUACUUCUUCAGGACGGAGGCGGAUUGGCUUCAACCGGAGAUACAAUUUGUAUACGAUUUGCGUAUACCCCGUGGUCUGAGCACCGAAGCAGCUAGCGCGUUUGUCCCCAAGCCGCUCGACGGAGAAGUCGAAUCUUUCGAGCUCCUAGAUUUGGCGGAAGCAGUGUCGCGGAUGCGCGCGGCCGAGUUCAAGCCGAACACGGCGCUGGUGCUCAUCGACUUCAUGAUUCGGAACGGGUUCAUCACCCCGGACAACGAGCCGGAUUUUGUCAGCAUCCUGACGAGGUUGCAUGGGAGAUUCGAGUAUGAGCGCUGGGGCCAGGGGCCGUAUUGGGCUAAGUCGUAGAAUAUGCAAAAGGACGCAUUGCUUUACGGUUUAUGAUACUAUACAUCGGAUGUACUCAACAGUAACCGCAACCACAACGGUCUGCCUUGGAAUCCGUGAUUCCUUUGACUCGACGUCCCGAACGUCGGUCGCAAAAGCGCAAUGGCCGCAACUUAGCCAAAAGGACGUAAAGCGAGAGCGAAAUUUGCUCAGUGAAACUCCUCUCGCUCGGAUCACAGGUUGAUUACUGCCCAUGAUGCAUCAUGUGGGGCUUUCGCUCAGGCGGCUCAGCUCAGCCUCAGCGUGAGCAUAUCCAAGCAGCGGUUUGAUAUGGCGCUUCCUCGGACCUGGCCGACUUCUCAAGCUCUCGGGAAGAAAGUAUGGGACCACAACAACGCAAUUGCCCUUAACUUCUUAAGCGCCUGUGCGAAGGAUGCCGCUACUGCUAUCGACUUUUGACUUCUUCCCCGCCUAUGGGGAGGGAUGCCGCUCCUGGCAUCGUCAGUCGGCGCGAUGUCCGUGCGGGCAUGCAUGUGGGGCUUACGGGGAAAGCGCAGGCCGGCCUGGGCGUCCUGAAGUCGCCGGUGAUCUUAGGCCCCGGCAAUAGCUUUGUUCAAGCUUGUUGAUUGCCAUCGUGUCAUCCAAUGACCUCGACCAAUGUACCUGCUAC